AGCCUGAGGACAGAAGUGAGAUCCCGGGGCGGAAGUGGGGGGGGCUUCUUUCCACUCCCCCGAAGAAGGGUCAUCUCCCCCCUUCCCGGGAAAACCCUGGCCUUGGGCCCUCAGGGUGCACAUUACCACAUCCUCUUUCGACGCCCUGUCAUUACUGCCCUUGUGACCAGCUCACGCAAUUCUCCCACUGGGUUGGCCACCAAAGGGGAAGGAGUGCUCUGUGGUCAGGGCUAUCUCUGGCAGGAACCAAGAAAAGGCAGCCAGUCCUGAGUGGCUGCAUGUGCUGCGCUGCUGGGACCUUGGAGCAAGGGUUAUACUGCACUCUGCUGGUUAGCAGCCUUGUCUGACAAAAUGCUAGCAGAAGCUUUCUUACCCGGUAUCCUGUACCGAGAACACACUAAGCCCUACAAAACACACAUAUGUAAGCAGAACCCCAAAGAGAAAAAGGAAACUUGGACAAACCAGCUUUUGGAGAGCGAAGAUGUUAAGCCUCCCUCCACUGAAGUGAAAAGGCUGGCCAAAGGUUGGCCUGCAAGCUGCCCGGAGCACAGUAAGGACAUGUGCCUGCAGAAAUCGGCAGAUGGGGUGGUGCCGCAGGGCCAGCAGGGGGCAGCCCUCCAGGGUAAUGCAUCUGCAGCUUUGCAGAUCCCCCAAAGAGCCCCACCAGAAGAAAACGAGCUGGAUCUGUAUCGCUCGUGGUCCUGCACCAGCAUCUGCCAGAACUAUCCUGACCUCCAUAUUGGGGGGAAUCGAGUGGGGCACGCUUAUGAUUCUGGUUGUUUCAUGGACCAUGUCCAUGAUGAGGCUUUCACCGGGCCACUGCUUCUCUCAGAGGACAUCCCACUGGGCCAUUCUUCCAUCCCCAGCAGGCCGCCCCCUGUGGCAUACAAGUUCCUGCCUGGGGAUGAGGUUCGAGAAAGAAGCAUCCUCCUGCAUAGGCAGCCCCUGUCCAACUCAAUGCUUAACAGCUAUGUGGAAAAAAAGGUGGAUGAGCUCUAUAAGCAGGUUUUUGAAGAGAACUUGACCCGAUGCCACUCUGUGACCAGUCUUGUGGCUUCCAAUCUACUGAUGAACAACUUGAGUCACAUCAGCCUUCAGAUCUCACAAGAACAAAACAUUGAGGUGUCCCGAGCUCGAGAGGCCCUCUUACAGUCUAUGGCCUUGCGCAGCCUGUACUAUGCUUCCAAAGGAAACAGCUCAGAGCUCAGCACUCCCAACCUGCAGAUCUCCAGUCAGACAAAGUGGGAGAAGUUGCCGAAGGUGUAGGUGAUAACCUUUGGGCUGCUGCUGGGGCAGAAGACUGACUGCCCCAGUAGCCUUUUCAGUUCAGGGAUGGGGGAGGAGGUAUUGUUGUAUGUGGGGAGACAUUUCUCGAGAGUUCAAAGUUGACAAGUGCAGUGGAAAGGUGUUGAAUUCAGCUAUUUUGGACCCACUUUGAAAUCGAAGCCCUACCAUUGCCUACUACCAUUAGGACAGGAACACCAAAUUGCAGAAUUGUUUAGCUGGAAAAGAUCUUUGAAGCAUGUAGACCAACCUGGAAGCAAAAAAACAAUCCUUACUGUACCACACCCUACAAAGGACCAUCUAGCUUCUUGGUGUAGCCCUCCAGGAAGGGAGGAGCCCCUGCCUCCUGAGGUCACCGAGUGUACUUCUAGAAGCCUUUCAUUCCAUCAGACCUGGACUUGCCCCUUUCUAACUUGUGCCUGAUAUGUCUAGUUUUGACCUCUGGGGCCAAAUGGAACAAAUCAGAUCUCUUUUCCUAAUAACAGCCCUUUGAAUACUUGAAAAUAGUAAUCGUUUGUCUCCCCCCCACCAGUCUCUUCUCCAAACUAAACCUUCCUAUUUCCUUUAACUGCUUGUCAUAUGGCAGAGACUCAAGGCCUCUUGUGCAGCACUAGGAGGUGGUACAGAGAGGAGUCCUUUUCAGGUAUGGAUUGAAUUGGAUGGUCCCUGAAAACCCUUCCAACUCAGAGAUCCUGGGAGUCUGGAAUUCUGUGAAGUUGUCUUCCCUCUUUGGGCCUCAGUUUCCUCAUCUGUAAAAUCAACGUUUGGAUGUGAUAGCCUUGAAGGUCCCUUCAAGCUCUUAGUCUCUGGUCCUGGGUGUGGAGAGCAAGUACCGUUAGUGCCAUUUUUCACAUGAGGAAACUGAGACCUAAGAGAGUUUAAGCGACUUUCCUGGGGUACCUUUUCCUGAAGUGGCAGAGCCAGGACUCAGUGCCAGGUCUUCGGACCACAAGACAGCUGGAUGGGUCUGUCCACUUCAGUAGGUUCGGAAACCUCCUUCAAAUGGUGAACUCCUGUGUUUUGUGACAGAGGCACCAUUGACAUGCUCAAUCGCUUUUUGCUUCAAAGGGAUGCCUGCUUCAUUUACUCCCCGACUUCUCCCUUGCCUCUGCCUUUCCUUUGGCAGUUUUGUUUGCCACUACAGUCAAGGGAGCCCAGGCAGCUCAGACAGCCAGAGGCUGAGCCAGGGUCAGCACACCCCCUUAGCAGUCCUGCAGUGAAGGACGCCAUUUACCCUUGAGUGUGGGCCACUGAGGGGAGUGGUCUUUCACAGACUAGCGGCUUCACCAACAGGCCGCUGUCCACUGAGGCAGGGCUCCACCCAUCUCUGAUUUAGGACAGGGUCUGAGAGAGCCACCGUGGUUGAAACAUUGGCUUGUGAUUGCCCCAAGGACUAUAGGAACUUGGUGAAUUCGAGGCCCACAGAUAACCCUCAGUGGUUCCGAGACUUGGCCACACUUGCACUUUGCGAGCAUAACCCUGGAGAGCCCAGGGUCACCUUCUUGCGCUUAGUGGGGGUACUGGCAGAUGACUUGGCUGGCUCAGUUCCUCAGAUCCUUGAACCUGAAGUUGGAAUGAGCCUUACAGAGCAUCUUUCACUCUCUUCCUCUUAUGGAUGAAGACACUGAGGUCCAGAGAAAGGAGUUGAUUUGCCCAAGGGCACAUAGCUAAUACUUAGCAGAUCUGAGAUUUGCACCCGGGUCCUUUGACUCCAAAGCCAGUGCUUCUGUUGGGCUCUGACGACGUGGAGAGGGAAAGUGAGCUGCAUGGAGCAGUGUACUUGGUGUGUUGAAACUUGAUGCUUUUGUACUGUUUUGCGAUAGCCAUUGGCAGCAUUUUUUCAUUGUUGUGAUUGUUAGAGCCAUAAGGGACAUCAGAGCUCAGCUCAUUUUAUAAAAGAGGACAAUGAGUCUAGAGAGGGCAGGUGACUGACUUGUCCAAAGUCACACCAGGCUAGAGAGGCAGGGCCAGGUCUCAAAGCCAGACACCUUGACUCCAAGGGCAGCACUCUUUCUCCUGGGACACUGGAGGAAGAUGAAGACGGAGAAAGGGGGCUGACUACACAUUGCCAUGGGGCAGACAAGGCUCCUUGGUGACCUUUCACCAGAGUGGGAUCCACAGUCUUGCCUGUAAGGCUAGACAAUGGUGUUGGGUCAUCCUCUAGUCUGCUUGUAGGAGAUUUCCAGCUGCUGGCCCAGGAUAGAGCUCAGAAUGGCUUUAUAAGGUUAUGAAAUCCAAAGUUAGCAAAAUAUUCCUGGAAGAGGCAGAUACCUAUGUUGGCUUGCAAACAAAGCCGCAAUCCUCCCCCCGUCUUGCUGGCCUACAGGCUUAUUUUUGCCAGGCCUUCUGUUCUUGUCCUUGAAAGUCAUGAAGUUGGGAAGGUUGGUUGGCACACAUUCUUACCCACCCCUGCUAUGGGCAGGCUGGUGAAGAGGACAAGAGUUCCCUUAAUGGACCAUGGAACCAUGGCCACUUCCUUGGGGUCUCUGCCUCCGCCUCCCCUUCUGUAAAAUAGGAUAGUAGUAGUUACCCUAAAGUAGGGCUGUGAAGACUAAAAUGAUGAGAUGUUUUUAAAGCACUUUGAAUUUCUGUGGUAGGAGUUCUGAUUGUGGUGUGUCUUCUUAAGUGAGAAUGGUGUACCCUACUUGCCCUUCUCAUCCAGCUAUUGGGAGACUUGAACUCUUUGGAGACUCCUAGAAGAGUCCCAAGGGUCAAGAUUUUGGAAAAAACUGACAGUGAAUUGAAAAUACUGACAAGCAAACAUUUGUUUUUCUAUUUCUUUUUAGAGUUUGUUUUUAAUGGAAAGGCCACCACAAUGGUAAAACUAAUUAAUGCUUCAAAUAGAUCAACUUUGUUGAUGUAAAUAAAGACUAAUCAGCCAAUA